GACCGGAAGUUGUGUAAAUCUGGGUCGCAUUUGAUAAAUGACAGUCGUGCGAAGAGUUAACAAGAUAUAAUAGGAACAGCCAUCAUGAGUGUACUUGCAGCAGUAAUGUACACAUAGGCUUGUGACUCGCAUAGAUAGGAUUACAAGAAGAUAGGAUUACAAGAAGAUAGGAUUACAAGAAGAUACAUGUAGGAUUACAAGUACUAUAUGGUAGCACUUUCUAGAUGAAUAAGAAAUGUACACCAAGAUCUAUUUCAAGAUGUGUUCUGUUCAACUGGCCGAUGAUUUCCACCCACACCUCAAGUAAUCUGCCUGUGUAAGACUGCGAAGAAAACACGAGGGGAGGGUAAAAACAAUGUAAUUAUUUACCCGUCUGAAUCACCUUGUUGACUUGUCUCCCAGUUUCGCUCUUUGUCUUAGCCGAGCCACUUCCUGGGCCUCUCGUCACGUCUGACAACCAAUGAUGCAUGGUGUCACGCUGGGUGAGCACGCGUCACAUGACUCGGAGAACGGCGUCGCGAGUCACUCAUUUGACGCGGCGCUCGCACAGGAGACGGAGCUAGCUGUCGAAGAGGAGAAACCAGAGGAGGACGAACACUGCACCAAGACUAAGAUCUGCGUAGAGAACGUUUCGCCGUUCACGGAAUAUGUGAAUAUGGACGACUACCGGAGGGAGAGUCAGUCAUCGGUGGAGUCAGACGAGAGUUACGAGGGCUCAGAGGAUCAGCUGAUGAUGCUCUUCAAGAUGGGACAUGUCAAGCAGCUGAAGAAGUUCCUGCGCAUGACGACGUGGCCCGACGACCACCUGAUCCGACACUCGCUGUGGCUGUCACUGUGCAAACACCUCCACAAGGCAGAUGGGAACCUGUACGAUGAGAUGGAGAAGGAACUGUUCAGUCAGUGUGAUAUGAGUGAGAAUAUUCCACUGCCAGGCUUCCUCGAUCAGACUCACCUGACGCCGUACUACCUGUCUGACCGCGGCGUGCACCUCAUCGGCCGAAUCAUCGCAGUCAUCAACCACACCAACCCCGACAUCACCUACAGCCCGGCCACGUUCGCUAUCUCCAGUCUCUUCCUGCACUACAUGGGGCCGUCGGAAACCUUCAACUGUCUGUACGCGCUGCUGCACAGCAAGGAACUCAUGUACAUUUCUCAGACGAAGGUCUCACUCGAGGCAUCCAAGUAUGUCCUUCGAGAUCUCACCAAGAAAUUUGCAAAAUCUGCAUACGUUCAUCUGGUGAGGCACAGCAAGAAUGUGGAAAAUAUCUUUGACAACUGGAUCUGGUGGAUUUACAGAGAUCUGCCAUUCUCUUUUCUAGUAAAACUCACUGACUGUUUUCUCGUGGAGGGAGUCAAGGUGUUGUACAGAGCGGUUCUUGCAAUUCUAAUCUUAUACACCAAGAUGUCAGGUAAACUGAAGACGUCUUCUCAGGAGCCUGUCAGUGUGAACAUAUCCAACAACAUCAGCCGAUUCUGUGAAAGAAUGCCUGUGGACAUCACUAAAUUCCUUAAGAUAGCCUUUGGUAUCCGAGGGUUGUCACGCAAGGAAAUCCACAAGCUGCAAGUGAAGCAUGAAAUGUACAUCAACAGUCGUCAGAUACUUACCUCGAAGGAAAUCCCCCGCGUGGCAUCCUCCAUCUCUCUGUGUGGCGUGCCAGUGUCCAGGACGUUUACCGGACCAGUCAUGCUGCAGCAGAGUGCUGGCUCACAUAUCUUAAGCAAUGAAAUGCUGCAGACGAUAUGGAGCUGGUUGCCGGCGCGUCUCGCAGUCUGUCAGCCAGAACUGCUGUACACAUCCGAGGAACACGGCACCAGUCUGAGAACACUGUAUGCCAAGAUAGAGUAUCGCUCACAGUCCAUCAUCAUCAUCAAGACCACUAACAAUGAGAUUUUUGGUGCCUUCUGUUCGGCCGCGUGGCAGCAGAGAAAGUCGAAGGAUAAGAACCUGAGUUACUUCGGUACGGGCGAGACGUUUCUGUUCUCGCUGGCGCCGACCAUGAUGAAGUACGAGUGGGUGGGGCUGUGGAAGGAGGACGUGCCCAACACCGGAAACAUGUUCCUGGCUGGGGAUACGAGCGAACUCACCAUCGGCGGAGGAAACGGUGAAGCGAUCAAACUUGAUGAGGACCUAAUGCACUGCAGAACUGAAAGCUGUGACACAUUCGACAACGAGCCAUUUUGUGAGGGCAAAGACUUCACAUGUAAAGUCGUUGAAGCGUAUGGAUUUCGAUGAUUUGAGGCAAAGACUUGACGUGUCAAGUGAUAACGGCAUCUGCUGAGUCAUCGUCUGACAUGGUUGAUCGACUCACGGUCGAGUAACCACACGCCUUCUGUGAGGACUGAGAUGUCUGGUGAUCUGAGGACGAGGACCGCGUCCCAUCCUAAUGUGUACGUGCACUGCAUGCCUAGGUGCGUUUUAUUGACAUCAUACGCAUUGGUUCAAGACAUAUUACAAGACUGGGCACAUAUCAAAAGCUUGUAUGUGUAGUAAUGUGUUGGUGUAUACACAUCAAAAGCUUGUAUGUGUAGUAAAUAUGUUAAUGUAUACACAUCAAAAGCUAUAUGUGUAGUAAAUGUGUAGUACAGACUAUGUAGGUGUGAGGUACAGACUAAAUGUGUAGUACAGACUGUAGGUGUGUAGUACAGACUAAGUGUGUAGGACAUAAUGUGUGUAGUACACACUGUAUGUGUUAGUGUUCUACAAGGAUAAGAACACAUCAAACCUGAAGACAUGUACAUGUUGCUGUGUGUAUAACAUAUGUAAGUAUCUGUGACAAGUGCUUGAAGCAGUGUAGAAUAUUUCAUACGAUGUUCAUAAGAAUAAUUUGUUUAACAAAUGUUAAUGGACGUAACAUUCGGACUACAUGUUUGUAUAGUAUCUUGAAGUAAUACAUAUCAGACGUAACAUACAGACUACAUCUUUGUCUAGUAUCUUGAAGUAAACUUAAUAGAUUUUGGAAGUAACAUUUGGACUACGUCUUUGUCUAAUAUCUUGAAGUAAUAGAUUUCGGACAUAACAUUCAGACUACGUGUGUCUAGUAUCUUGAAGUAAUAGAUUUCAGACGUAACAUUCGGACUAUGUGUUUGUCUUAUAUCUUGAAGUAAUAUAUUACUGACAUAACAUUCAGACUACAUGUUUGUCUAGUAUCUUAAAGUAAUAGAUAUCAAACGUAACAUUUGGACUACGUGUUUGUCUAGUAUCUUGAAGUAAUAGAUUUGGGACGUAACAUUUGGACUACGUGUUUGUCUAGUAUCUUGAAGUAAUAGAUUUCUGAUGUAACAUUUGGACUACAUGUUUGUCUAGUAUCUUGAAGUAAUUUAGAUUUCAGACGUAACAUUCGGACUACGUUUUUGUCUAGUAUCUUGAAGUAAUAGAUUUCUGACGUAACAUUCAGACUGUUUGACUGGUAUCUUGAAGUAAUAGAUUUCGGACGUAACAUUUGGACUAUGUGUUUGUCUAGUAUCUUGAAGUAAUAGAUUUUGGACAUAACAUUCAGACUGUUUGUCUAGUAUCUUGAAGUAAUUUAGAUUUCAGACAUAACAUUCGGACUAUGUGUUUGUCUAGUAUCUUGAAGUAAUUUAGAUUUCAGAUUUAACAUUCGGACUAUGUGUUUGUCUAGUAUCUUAAAUUAACAGAUUUCAGAGGUAACAUUUGGACUGUGUUUGUCUUAUAUCUUGAAGUAAUAGAUUUCAGAUGUAACAUUCGGACUAUGUGUUUGUUUAGUAUCUUAAAGUAACAGAUUUCAGAUGUAACAUUCGGACUAUGUGUUUGUCUAAUAUCUUGAAGUAACAGAUUUCGCAUUGAAAUAGGAUGUGUUGGCAAUAUUAAACUGACCAAUAUGUUUUUGCAUAGCAGUGAUAUCAAAAUUGUGUGGUUUAUACCUUGCUCCCAGUGAGUAAAAGUGCAAUAAGAAAGUGAACGGUGUGUUUGAAAGUAAGGACGAGAGGACAGAGCUCCAGUUUUAUCUGAUUAUAUUAGAUCAGGCUUUCCUCUCCUCCAUGUCUCGUGUUACAGUACGUGACCCAACCAUAAAGACAACUAACCACCCAUGGUUGGUUUCUCUACAUGCCGGUGUAGUGGUGUAAUAGUUGUUUAUCAAAGUAGGUCAUUGCCACAUCAGAACAGUUUGUGUUUUCAGCAGCAGGCUUCUGAAAAUUAUGAGAACGAUCAUUUUCUUCGCGUUUUGCUCCAGUAAAUCUAAUUUGGAGUAAAGCAUUUUUCAUUUGCGCAUUAAAUUAAGCACAUCCUUUACGUGGACAUAACGGGUCACGCAAAAAGGACAUGGGCUACUAGAAUUUGUUUUAUGCCAAACGAUAAAUGGGUGAUGCAAAAUUUCAAUUCUCAGAGGCUGGAACAGUUACUCUAUUAAUUGUGUACAUGUAUACAGACUUGUUGAAUAAUUGUGGACGUUCUCUUUUGGGCUAUAAACCAACAUGUACACUUCAACAGUCUGGAACAUAACAAAUAGACUAUUAGCAACCUAUGGUUAUUUUUUGAUUACCCAAACGGAAUACACCAGACUUCCAGUUUUAUUGCCCCAGAAAAAUAAAAAUCCUAAUUUUACACUGAGAAAUUGUUGUAAUUUACAAUAUCAUUAGAUGAUUUUGCACUUGUAUGUAUGUAAAGAUUGUGACAAGUGAAAAACAAAAAAUUCACUUUGAAGAUAAAUUUAAUACAAACUAUUUAAAAAGUAGUUUGUUAGAUCUCUAUAUAAUUAUUAAGACAUUCCUAGCACCUACAAUUGUUGGUAUUCAGAGUAAAGUUAUUUUUGUUUAACGACACGUCCAGAGCACAUUGAUUAAUUAAUCAUCGGCUAUUGAAUAUCAAACAUUUAGUCAUUCUGACACGUAGACAUCAGAGGAAAUCCGCUACAUUUUUCCCAAUGCAACGAGGGAUCUUUUAUAUGCACAGGUAAGCACAUACCACGGCCUUUGACAAGUUGUGGUGCAUGUACAUCCCAACUUUGAGUGUCUUUGUUGUCUUUUGUUUGUUUUUAAAAUAUGUUUGACUGGUUAAACUAUGUACACCUGUAGGUAAUGGGUGAAAUGGUCUGGAAACCACCCAACUGACUGGAAACCACCCAACUGGCUGGAAACCACCCAACUGACUGGAAACCACCCAACUGGCUGUCUGGACCUAGACGACUUUAUUGUUGGUUUUACCGGCCUCGGUGGCGUCGUGGCAGGCCAUCGGUCUACAGGCUGGUAGGUACUGGGUUCGGAUCCCAGUCGAGGCAUGGAAUUUUUAAUCCAGAUACCGACUCCAAACCCUGAGUGAG